CCUAUGCCUAAGGGAAAUCCAUGCACGCUCAUGUGCAUGAACGCCAUACCGCAGCGCCGACCGGCAGCUGUAGUCUAACCUCAGGUGCAUCGCUAGAACAGGAGGUGCGAGCAGCGGUGGGUUCUCGCGAGCAAGCAGCGGUGGGAAGCGGAGCAGCGGAUGGUGGCGGAGGCGGCGAAGUAGUACAGCCGGCCCAGCCUGUACAGCCGCUCCCACCACCACAGCCAUCGACCGUGUUGGCGGCCACAGCCACCGCCGCCGCCACUGCCGCACCUUUCGCCGAAGGACUAGCCUCAACAGCAAUAGCGCCUGUCGCCGCCGCGGCCGCAGCCGCCACACCACCGCCGCCACCGCCAGGACCGGCCGCCGCCUUGGCGGAGCAGGACGCCGCUGAGGGACAAUCGGCGGCCGAUGGGGCCGCAAUGGCUGCGGCGUCGGGAGAAGGAGGCAGGGGGCGGGACGUAUCGCCGGCGGGCCGUGCAGAGUCAUUGCCACCGCCUACAGCCACUCCUGCACCGGACGAUCGGGCGUUGGCAGAGCAGGGCGGCGGUGGCGGCGGCCGCGUCGCCUUUUACUACGCCGCGGGGGUCGGGCACUCUCCGGCGCCGCGCGACCGGCGGCGGAUGAUUGAGGUGGCGGAGCGGGUGACCGAGGCGUACGACGCGCUCAGCGCCGCGGGGCUCGUGCAGCGCUGUGAGCGGCAGGAGGCGCGGUUGGCGAGCGACGAGGAGUUGCGCCGCGUGCACCGGCAAGAGCAUCUGGAGCAGGAGUCGCCGGAGUGCUGUGCGAGGCGGUGUCGUGACCCGACGCGAUACCCCGCCGCCUCCGACGGUGACUACCGCGCCGCGUUGGACGUGCUGCUGCUGCCGAUCAUGCGCGCUUUCGACCCGGCCCUCGUGCUGGUCUCCGCUGGCUUUGACGCCGCCGCCGGCGAGUCGUUCAAGCUGGCGCUCUCUCCGGCCCUCUUCGCGCACAUGACGCAGGAGCUGACUCGGCUGCCGGCCGCUCCGCCGCUCGUCGUCGCCCUCGAGGGCGGGUACCACGGCCCUUCGGUGGGCGCGUGCUGCGCCGCGGUGCUGCGCGUGCUGCUGGGGGAGGA